AUGUCGGGGACGAAGUUACUGGAUCUUGGUUGUGGUCCUAACCUCAGCAGCAUGAUUGGCGCCCCUGACCACUUCACCCAUAUCGUCAUGGCGGACUUCUCGCCGGCCAAUCUUGAAGUCAUUAAGGGAUGGGUACGUGGUGAUGACGUCAACUUCAGCUGGAGCCACGUGUGCCAGUACUACGUCAAACAAUUCUCACUAGAUACAGCCUUCGAAUCCACUCGACUGCCGUCGCUGAAAUCCUACAUCAAGCACGUCGUUCAGUGUGAUGUGUUACAGUCGGAACCUCUCGGGCCUUCUUACACGGGGUUUUUCGACUGUGUAUUCAGCAGCUAUUGUCUCGAGACAGCAUCUCGGGACAUUGACACCUACAGACGAAGUGUGCUGAAUGUCGCAUCUCUUCUCCGGGAUGGCGGCCAUCUUGUGAUGCGGGGUUCGUGUUUUGAGCACUGCUACACAGUUGAUGGGCAAAACUUCCAUAGCCUUGCCUUGAGCCCAGGUCAGUUGACGACAGCCUUGACAGAUGCGGGGUUAAAGGUCAAGGAACUCAAGAUAGAAGGGGUAGACGAUCCUGAUGCAGCUGACGCCAAUAAAAUACAUGGCUAUUGCGUCUUGGCUGAGAAAGUGGGCUCAUGAACCAUUCAGCACAACGAACGCAAUUAGAUAUGUCAAUAUAAUGAGAUUUAUCGUCUCAGCUGGGCAUGGCAUCAAGUUACCUGAUGCUGUCUCGGGGUAAUAAAGCAACUGAAUAUAUAUAUAUAUAUGAUGAGAACUCGUGAAACAAAGAGUUUUCUA